AUCUUUUCUUAGUCCUAGUCCGAUAACGGCCGCGGGGAGAUCGAUGCUCAUACUUACACUGUAUCCGCCUUUCUUGCCCUUCAAGCUCCUCAUACAAAGAUGAGAUCGUGCGUACCCUGGCGCCUUCCCGGGCUCACCCUCUUUGGUCGUUCUGUACUGCUUGUUGCUUCCGAGCUCAUAGCCAAUGCGAUAUGCUGGAUCAUCGCAGGCAUUCUCUUUGGUCGUAGCCGAGAAACACAGCCAAUAUUAAGCUUGGCUUUACUCGCUUGGACGUUGGGCCUCCGACACGCCCUGGAUGCUGAUCACAUAAGUGCUAUCGACAAUGCAACGAGAGGUCUGAUAAGUAUGGGCCAACUGCCUGUUACAUGCGGUUUAUUCUUCUCUCUCGGGCACAGUACAAUCGUAGUGGUUGUGAACGUUGCCAUCGCCAUAUCUACCGACAUUUACGAGAAAAUAGAUGGCGUCGGGACAGUAGGAGGCAUUCUGGGAGCAGCUGUCAGCGGUUCCUUUUUGUUUAUUGUCGGAGUCGCGAAUUCAAUUUUUUUGUGGAAAGCGAUACGGCAGCGUCGAAAGAUGAGGGAGCAUCAACAAGCCAAUGGCGCCCAACGGGACACAGAAGAUCCGUUUGAAGAUCCCAAACAUGGCCAUAUGCUUAUGAUGAGAAUAUUGGGACCCAUUAUAACAUUCGUCAACAAGCCCUGGAAGAUGUACCCCGUUGGCAUUCUUUUUGGAUUUGGAUUCGAUACCGCUUCUUCAAUUGCCCUUCUAGCUGUUUCAGCUUUGGCAAAAAAGGGAUCCGAUGGAAGUACUAUUCCUCCCGCAGAGGUUGUUAUAUUGCCGCUGCUCUUCACUGCCGGUAUGACGAUGAUAGACUCCCUUGACUCAAUUAUAAUGCUCUACUCGUACUCUGGUUUUCCUGAGUCUUCCUUCGUCCUCUUCGAGAAGCAAAGAUAUUCAUCACCCCUUGAAGAAUCACUUCCUGGGUCCCCUGCAGUACAGGCGUCAAGAGCGUCUUCUCCCAAACUGUCUGGAAAUAUUGACUCUUCUGAGGUCGAGCCACAAAAUGUGUCUCCAGCUGUCGAGACGGGUAGUGGGUCAGUGCUUUCUCAAAGGGCAAGAAACAUGAGAGUCAAGAUAAACAUGAUGUCUGGGUUGAGCAUCAUUCUAACUCUAAUGAGUAUUCUCGUCGCAUUCAGCAUUUCGCUUAUCACUAUCAUGGGUCUCAUUGGAGAAAACUGUAAUUCGUGCCAGGAAGCGGCUGACGCGGCUGACGGAGGCCUUGCUGGGAAAUGGUGGAGAGGGUGGGCUAAAGCGAAUGAUAAUUCGGGAUAUAUCGGUGCUGCGAUUGUUGGGGUCUUCGUAACUAUUGUCGCAGGUUGGUACGGCGGGCGCUGGGCUAUCAGGAAGAACAGAGAAAGAUCAAGAAUUCUUUAGACUAGUCCACCGUAUUUUUCGUACCUGGGAGAGAGAAAAUGGCAUAAAGAUAUGAUGG